AUGGAGAGCCAAGGAGCCGCUGAUGGCCAUCUUAUGGAUGAAGUUGCGGCUGUCGCGCCUGCAGAAGUGGUGAGUGAUCCCCCUGUGCCGCAGCAGACCGAAGAUGAAAAGUACUGGGCCGCUGUGCGCGAGAAUCCGGCCGAUUUCUCGUCAUGGACGUACCUGUUGCAGCUCGUGGAUCACAAGGCCGACAUCAGCAGCAUUCGCGAAGCGUACGAUGGCUUCCUGGCCGAGUUCCCUCUUUGCUAUGUCUACUGGAAGCGCUAUGCCGAUCAUGAGGCGGCAGCAGGGUCCGCCCAGGACAAGGUGUCGGAAGUCUACCAGCGCUCGUUGGAGGCGUUCCCCUACAGCGUCGAUCUGUGGACCUACUACUGCACCUAUCUUGCCGAGAGGCUGGCCGAUCCCACCCUUGUUCGAAGCGUGUUCGAGCGAGCGGUCGAGAAGGUGGGCACCGACUACCUGGCCCAGAGCCUGUGGGACAAGUACCUCGACUACGAGCUCGCACAGAAGGACUUUGCCAACGUCACGCGGCUCUACUCGCGGGUGCUCGCCGUGCCCCUGGACGCGCUCGCCAAGUACUUGGAACGAUGGAGGGUCUACGCGAGCGCCUACCCGGUGAGCGACAUCCUCCCGGCCGAGGAGCUGGAGCAGCUGGCGGUGGAGGAGACUGAAGAAGCCAAGCGAGCGAAGGCCAUCGCCUCGCGAGAGGAGGUGUACCAGGCCACGCUGCAGGAGCUGGCCAAGAUUCAGCCGUUCGAGAACGUGAUCCGGGAGAGGCCCUACUUCCACGUGAAGCCCGUCUCCGAGGAGCUGCUCGACACAUGGCACCGAUACCUCACCUUCCAAGAGGCCGAAGGCAACGCCGCCCGGACCGUCAAACUCUACGAGCGCUGCCUGGUGCCCUGCUGUAACUACGUUAUCUACUGGCGGAGGUAUGCGCGAUUCGUGGAGGAGGCGCUGGGCGCCGAGGAGGCUGUCCGCGUGUGGGAGCGGGCCACCGGUAAGCUCCUCAAGCGCCGACCAGAGCCCUUCCUCGACUUUGCGCUCUUCCGGGAGGCGCACGGCCAGGUCGACGAGGCGCGCGAGCUCUUCAAGCACGUCCUCGGUUUCGCUCCCGGCCACGCGGAAGCGACGCUCAGGUAUGCGCAGCUGGAGCAGAGGCAGCAGAACUUUGACGGCGUGAACAGCAUUCUCGAGGCGGCGACGGAGAGCCCCACAUCGGAGGCGGUCGGCGCCUUCCUGGCCAUGCACCACGCGCGCAUCGUCGACCGCGCCGCACACGACGCCGCCAAGGCGCGCGGCAUCUACGACCGCGCCCUGGAGCGCUACCCGAGCAACAAGAACCUGUGGCUCGCCGCCAUCGAUUUUGAGCUCGACCAGAGCGGACGACGUAUUUCGGAGGCGGAGGAGGCCAGCGACGCGGUGCGAUUUGCGCGGGUCGUCGCCCUCUACCAGCGAGCAACCGGCGACGCCUCGCUCCUGCCGGAGGAUGACAAGCUGGAGCUGUGGCAGAACUACCUCGAGACCGUGCACGCGUUCGCCCCUCGCGUCGACAUUGUGCGCGAGGCGUCGAGCGCGUUCUUCAAGGCGUUCCCGUCGGGCAGGGUCAAGAGCAAGAAGAGGAGGCACGACGAGGAGGCCGACGCCAGCGCACACAAGAAGCUGUCGCGUCCCGCCGCCGUUCUUCCGUCGCCAGUCGGACCCGUGCCCACCCCUGCUGUUGCCGCACCUUACGGCCAGGGCAUGGGCUACGGCAUGGGCGCGUACGGAGCGCCGGCAGCUGCGGGCGGCUACGGCGGCUAUGGCGCGUACCCGCAGGCGGGUGGCUACGGUGCCUGGCCCCAACAGCCCCAGGCCGGCUACGCGGCAGCGGCACCGCAGCAGCAGCAGCAGGCCUAUCCCGGCUACUCGGGCUACUACUGA